UCCGGUCAUUCGACUGGCCUAUACUCACACCACCGAAGCUUAUCUGGUUGUCCCCGGAAGAGUCAAAUAACACCUGAAAUACUGGCUUUACACGAGACAAUACUUAAGUGUCCGACACCGGGAUGUAAUGGUAGGGGACAUGUAAACUCAUCCCGCAAUUCUCACCGAAGUCUGUCGGGCUGUCCAUUGGCUGCUAUGGAGAAAAUGUGUCACAAGGACAAGACCCCCAAAAUAGCUGUUCCCACAUGUCUGCCAUCAGUGACACCGACCACAUCGCCGGCUCCGCAGGCGAUCUGUUCAUCGGUAAUGACAACAUCGGACCGAGUGCUGAGACCCAUGUGUUUCGUCAAACAGCUGGACCUCCCGGGCAAAUACAAUUCGGGCCAAUCGGCCAGUUAUGCCACUCCCCGCACUAAUCUGGCCAAAGAGCUCGAGAAAUAUAGUAAACCCCAGACGGAGGCUGAAUAUCCAUUGAGUAGUGCCGGCGUUCCACCCAAUACUGGAGCCCCAUAUUGUAGGCCAUUGAUGGCUAAACCACCAAAAAUGCUAUCAAAUGAACACAAUAUCCAUAACACAAACGCUUUCAGAGAGAGGGCUAACGAGACACACGACUCAUCCGUUUUAGACCAGAGGCCACACAAUUACAAGUCCGAACACACCUACGAUUCGUGUCAAAUGGUCGCCUCAACAGCUCAUCGACGGAACUCCUCAGUCCUGGACCUGUCCACCAAAAGCGACGAUUCAGACUCAUCGUCAAUGGAUGUGCCCAUCGGUGCCAAUAAAAUGACUGAAUCCUGUCGUUAUACGAAGCGUUCAAACGCUGUCAUCGAUUACCGCGAGUCGAGUCCACUAUCAGAGCCCUUGGACUUCUCGUCGGCCACCCAUACCUCACAACAAUCCCUUUGUGUGAAACACGAGUCGACGUCGGGUUCGCCACCGACCGGCCAACAACUCGCACAUCACUCACCCAACUCUGUGUCCCAUUUGACGCCACUCUCGCCCAACACUUCCAAUGCCAACAAUAACGCCAACAACUCAUCGCUUUUAAGUUAUCUCCCGCUGAGGAGCCCAUCGCCGGAGGGCUCGUCGAGUCUCCGCUCCUACAGUAAUACCGACGACUACAGCGACUGCGGCGACGGCGGUCCGCCCAACAAAAUGAUGCGACAAUCGCUGUCCAGAGUUAGGGACGGGAGAGAGCUGUUGCAGUGCCCGACCAUAGGCUGCGACGGUAUGGGCCAUAUAUCGGGCAACUAUGCCACUCACCGAAGUCUGUCUGGUUGUCCGCACGCCGAUAGGUCUGUAGUGCAGGCCCAGCACCAGGAGCUCAAGUGUCCGACGGUGGGCUGCGAUGGUUCGGGACAUAUCACUGGCAAUUACACGAGUCAUCGGAGUCUCAGCGGUUGUCCGCGGAGUAAGCAAUCAAAGAAGGGAACUGUCGUUCGCGAGAUUGAGAAGCAAUCAGAGGCCGAACCCUUCCGUGCCUCUGGUUGUCCAGUGGCCAAUCGCAACAAAAUGAGAUCCGACUCACUAUCUCAAGACAUGUCUCAACACAGUAUGGAAGAGGAAAGGCUCUCAGAGAGAACACUCAGACCUCAAGUCAGUAAAACUGAUGGUCCGAUGUGUCCCACACCUGGUUGUGACGGUAGUGGUCACGCGACCGGCAGUUUUCUCACACACCGGAGCCUAUCUGGUUGUCCGCGCGCUAACGCUUCCACUGUCUUCAAGACUAAGACACCGAUCAAUAAAUUAGACGAUUUGACGAAUACGAUAAACAUCACUAAUUUCUCGCCGCAUAAUCAGAUGGCAUAUAACGGCCAUUACGAGCAUUCAGUGCACCCGGGGAUGGCGUUAGACAAUACUCACGAAGAUAUGCGCGUUUUGGACGACGAGAUCACAGAAUUACAGGAAUACAACUCCAAAGUGGAGUCGGAAAUGUUGAAACUCAAGCUCGACAUCAAUCACAUGGAGGAACAAGUGAAGAGCUCUGAGCGAGAGAACCAAUCGCUGGCACAACGGACGGCCCAACUGAACGACUAUUACGAGUCUUUGCGCAAUAAUUUCAUCACUUUCUUAGAUCAGUGCCGAAUCCCUAACUUUACGGACGAGAAGCCAAAUGUAGAUAAUUUUGAUUCGUAUUUAAAUAAAUUACAACAACUUUGCGUUGAGAGCUAUAAGGAGGAGAACCGUAACAUAUUCUCGUCCGUCAGACAGGCGUUACAGGACUUUCCCGUUUCCAUGCCACAACCAACUCCCGGUUGGGUUCGCACUUAGACUCUCGA